GGACCCAUUAACGUUUAUAACCAAACUAACUUUAUAAUGUCUUUGCAGAGUGUCCACAUGAUCGCUGGUUACCGUUUCCUCGCGGUUGCCGGAAACAACCUUUUUUUUGUUUUGUUGAUUUGAGGUUUUGAAAAAGGAAGUGUGUGUUUUUUCCCCCCCUUCGGCUUUCUGCAACCCUACAUUAAGUAGCUAAUAGAGGAGGAGGUGUGUUUACACACACACACACAGAGAGCGAGAGACCGGGGGGUGGAUGGAAAACAACCCGUUCGUUAUGGCGUAACUAACUAACAGUAUCUAGUUGUAGGUGUGGACGGUACUGCAGACAGAGAUCAUAAUAAACCCAGAUAGUUCUGAUCAUGUCGUUGAUGCAGGCCUGCCGCAGUUUAGCCCUAUCUACAUGGCUCCUGACGUUUUGUUUCGUUCACCUCCUCUGUUUGGACUUUACCGUCGCCGAGAGAGAGGAGUGGUACACCGCUUUCGUUAAUAUCACCUACAUUGAUCCGGUCACCUCUGAAGUCCGCACGGAGAAAGCAGAAUACGGUCGAUACGGGGAACACUCGCUUAAACGCGACGCAAAAGGAGUCGUGGUACUUCCUUCUCUCUCUCAGGAUAGACAAGCCUGUGAUCCCGGUACCCGGUUCUCUGUUCCGGUCCAAGGCAGUGCGUGGAUAGCCCUGAUUGCCAGGGGAAACUGCACAUUUAAAGAUAAGAUAAGACACGCAGCGAGCCAAAACGCCUCGGCCAUCGUUAUAUUCAACGUUGGAUCCAGCAACUCCAAUGAUACAAUCACCAUGCCACAUUCAGGUAUGGGUGACGUGGUUGCCAUCAUGAUCCCCGAGCCUAAAGGUCGUGAGGUCGCUGCUCUGCUGGAGCGGAACGUCACGGUAACCAUGCACAUCACCAUAGGAACGCGUAACCUCCAGAAGUACGUGAGCAGGACGUCGGUGGUGUUCGUCUCCAUCUCCUUCAUCAUCCUGAUGAUCAUCUCUCUGGCCUGGCUCGUCUUCUACUAUAUACAGAGGUUCAGAUACGUCAACGCACGAGACCGCUACCAGAGGCGUCUGGGAGAUGCAGCUAAGAAGGCCAUCAGUAAGCUGCAGGUCAGGACCAUCAGGAAGGGAGACGGGGAGACGGAGUCAGACUUUGAUAACUGUGCCGUGUGUAUCGAGGGUUACAAGCCAAACGACGUGGUCAGGAUACUACCCUGCAGACAUCUGUUCCAUAAGAACUGUGUGGACCCUUGGCUGCUGGACCACAGGACCUGUCCCAUGUGUAAGAUAGACAUCCUCAAAGCCCUGGGCAUCGCUUUAAAUGCAGACGGUCUGGAUGACCUGCCCUUGGACUAUGAGAUGGUGGGUGGGGUGGGGGUGGAGGGUCUGGUCCUGGAGGCUGUGGUGUCGGCAGGAUCCAGUGACGGGACCCUCAGUGAGGGGGGGUCGGUGGUUCUAGACCCGGGGAUGCGGAGGGUGGGGCUACCCCAAGACUACCACGACCCAGACCCUCUGAGGGACAGUCCCAUUACUGUUACUACUGAUACCCACACAGGUGAACUCCUGCCCGUGACGAGCAGUGCGUCCCUGGUGUUCGCUGUAGAAACAGGGCAGUCGGACGAAGACCUUUCACUGGAACAAUCAGCCCCUGCUGGGGACAACAAGUCCUGAGACCCGGGCCACACCAGGACCAGAACAAGGUCUUACCGGGGUGAGUCUGGGUUACCUUGGUUCUGUAUUGUCUUGACUAUACUUGGGACAAAUCUAACUUGGGACAGAGGACAGAGACAUACCUGUAGGCUGGAUAGACCUGCCUGGAAUGGGCCUACCUGGAUAAACCUGCCUGGAAUGGGACUACCUGGAUAAACCUACCUGGAAUGGGCCUACCUGGAUAAACCUGCCUGGAUUGGGCCUACCUGGAUAAACAUACCUGGAUUGGACCUACCUGGAUAAACCUACCUGGAUUGGGCCUACCUGGAUAAACCUACCUGGAUUGGGCCUACCUGGAUAAACCUACCUGGAUUGGGCCUACCUGGAUAAAUCUAUGUGGAUUGGGCCUACCUGGAUAAAUCUACAUGGAUUGGGCCUACCUGGAUAAAUCUACCUGGAUUGGGCCUACCUGGAUAAACCUACCUGGAAUGGGCCAGCCUGGAAUGGGCCUACCUGGAUAAACCUACCUGGAAUGGGCCAGCCUGGAAUGGGCCUACCUGGAUAAACCUACCUGGAAUGGGCCUACCUGGAUAAACCUACCUGGAGUGGGCCUACCUGAAAUGGGCCUACCUGGAUAAACUUACCUGGAAUGGGCCUACCCGGAUAAACCUACCUGGAAUGGGCCUACACUGAUAAACAUACCUGGAUAAACCUACCUGGAUAAACCUACCUGGAAUGGGCCUACCCGGAUAAACCUACCUGGAUAAACCUACCUGGAAUGGGCCAGCCUGGAAUGGGCCUACCUGGAAUGGGCCUACCCGGAUAAACCUAGCUGGAAUGGGCCUACCUGGAUAAACCUAGCUGGAAUGGGCCUACCUGGAUAAACCUACCUGGAAUGGGCCAGCCUGGAAUGGGCCUACCCGGAUAAACCUACCCGGGUAAACCUAGCUGGAAUGGGCCUACCUGGAUAAACCUAGCUGGAAUGGGCCUACCUGGAUAAACCUACCUGGAAUGGGCCAGCCUGGAAUGGGCCUACCUGGAAUGGGCCUACCCGGAUAAACCUACCCGGAUAAACCUAGCUGGAAUGGGCCUACCUGGAAUGGGCCUACCCGGAUAAACCUACCCGGAUAAACCUAGCUGGAAUGGGCCUACCUGGAUAAACCUAGCUGGAAUGGGCCUACCUGGAUAAACCUAGCUGGAAUGGGCCUACCUGGAUAAACCUACCUGGAAUGGGCCUACCUGGAUAAACCUAGUUGGAUAAACCUAGCUGGAAUGGGCCUACCUGGAUAAACCUAGCUGGAUAAACCUAGCUGGAUAAACCUAGCUGGAUAAACUUACCUGGAAUGGGCCUACCCGGAUAAACCUACCUGGAAUGGGCCUACCCGGAUAAACCUACCUGGAAUGGGCCUACCCGGAUAAACCUACCCGGAUAAACCUAGCUGGAUAAACCUAGCUGGGUAAACCUACCUGGAAUGGGCCUACCCGGAUAAACCUAGCUGGAUAAACCUAGCUGGAUAAACCUACCUGGAAUGGGCCUACCCGGAUAAACCUACCUGGAAUGGGCCUACCCGGAUAAACCUAGCUGUGAGUGAUUCCAGAUGAAACCAGGACAAAAAAGAGCCACAUUUGUGGGAUUUUCUGGAAAUUGUAUCCAUAGAAUGGUCCUUUUUGGAGGAACGAUUAUUGACAUAUUGUACGUUUUUUACAUUUUGUAUCUAAAGCAUAAUAAAAGUACUAAUCAAAUGUGGCAUAUUUCUGACAUUUUGACCUUACCCAGUCCUCCUGGGAGACUCCAUAGUGUUCAAUCUGUAGGUGCUACAAAGCAACAAUUGGUGUGUUUUGUAAUAUGAGUCGUACCUACCCGGAUAAACCCCAUAUGGGAUGGGACACCAUGUAUAGUGUACGCUAGAGAUUCAACUCUGUGGCCUUGCCUACGUAGAGAAUAGACUCAGACCUGGUUAUGGAGCGAUCUGACUGUUUAGUUCCUGUCACCUGGUGGGGUAUUCUGUGUGUCAAUGGGGAGGUUCCUGUCACCUGGUGGGGUAUUCUGUGUGUCAAUGGGGAGGUUCCUGUCACCUGGUGGGGUAUUCUGUGUGUCAAUGGGGAGGUUCCUGUCACCUGGUGGGGUAUUCUGUGUGUCAAUGGGGAGGUUCCUGUCACCUGGUGGGGUAUUCUGUGUGUCAAUGGGGAGGUUCCUGUCACCUGGUGGGGUAUUCUGUGUGUCAAUGGGGAGGUUCCUGUCACCUGGUGGGGUAUUCUGUGUGUCAAUGGGGAGGUUCCUGUCACCUGGAGCCCUGGAAAUGUUUCACAAUAAGAGUUCUGAUCUCACACACUGAGCAGUAUGGAAUCAACAGCACCUUUUUGUGAAUCUAUAAACCACAUUUCUAAAACUACUAUUUUGAAACAGAACUUCCAAGAACUGAAGCCUAUAUGACGGGGACAUUUUAUUUUGAAAAUGCCUCAAAGACUUCUGGGAGAUGUAGUCAGUGAACUGCGCACUGUCUUCCCUUUACUAUACUUAGGCUUUUCUGUCUGGGCUGACACGGCCUCUACUACUGGUAACCAUGGAUAAGGUCACACCACUACAUAUUGCAGCAUGGUUGUAGUAAAUGCUAUUUUUAAAGAUGAACGUCAGUAUUCUCUCCUUCAGUCUACCUGUGUAUAUUCAAUGGUCAUAUAUCUGGAAGAAGUACGUUCUUUUAUCCUCCGUCCGUCCGUCUAUAUCUGUACGAUGAUCUCACAGUAAAGCGUUGUUUUAUUUUC